UGAAUUCUCAUAUUUAUUUAAAAAUUUUUAGUCUCUUUGCUGUAAAGUAUAAAUUAAAGUAGAAUUAAUUUCAUUUCUCUUUUGCAGAUUGUAUAAUUUUUGGUUUUUCUAUUCCAUAUUCUGCAACCUGCAUUCUCAACCUUCUUCAAAAACACUUGAAUUCAUCAGGAAACAAUAGUUCCAUGCCCAGAAGAAGAAGAUAAGAGUAUGCUGAAGCGUGCAGUCUGUGAAGAAGCCUUUCGCCUAGCCAAACAUUUCUUUUCGUGAUUUGGUGAAAGCACAAUCCAUAAAAGGAAGGAACUCCUUAAUGGACGUCAUAGAACCAGUCGUGGAUAUUGUGAAGGAUGUUGUACCUACAGUUAAGAAAUAUGCCAAGUGUCAGAUAUGUCACAAUGAUUAUGUCAAUGAAUUUAAAGAAAUGCAAACCAAGCUGGAGCGCCAACGAAAAGAUGUUGCUGAAGGACUGCAUACUCACCUUAUGCAAUGUGGGAAGAUUGCAAUGCAGGAAGUUGAAGCUUGGCUAAAGGAAGCAGACCAAGAAACUGAUGAAAAAGUGGUUGAAGAUCUAAUCUGCAAAGGGGGCUAUUUCACAUAUAUUUUCUCUUCAAGAAAGCUUGAUAAAAGGACUCAAUCAUUGACUGAAGGAAUAUUUAGGCAAGGAGAAAAGUACACUAGUGCAGAGAGCCGGCUGUUGAAACUUGCAGCCGACUAUGGCGAUGCAGAGAGCCAGCUCUGGAAGCUGCAGCCAGCUCUACGGGUAAAAGGUUUGCCUACCACCAAGCCUCCUUUCUUUGAUGGUACUAAUUAUAAUUAUUGGAAGAAUAGGAUGAAGGUCUUCAUGCUUGCAAAUGUGCCCAAGGCAUGGAUUGUGACUAUGAAAGGUCCAUAUGUGCCUAUGAAAGUAGUUGGGGAAAGUGAGGUUCCAAAGGAAGAAGUUGAAUGGAAUGAUGAAGACUUGGUAACACAUGAAGGAAUAAGCCAAGUGAAGGAGUCAAAAAUCAAUAGACUCAUUCACAUGUAUGAGCUUUUUAAGAUGAAAUCGGAGGAGAGCAUUCAAGAUAUGUAUACAAGAUUGAAUGAUAUAGUCAUCAAUCUCAAGGCUCUUGGUAAAGUUUAUCCUUCUCAAGAAGUGGUGAGGAAGGUUCUUAGAAGUUUGCCUAAGAAUUGGGAAGCCAAGAAGACCGCAAUUGAAGAAUCUAAGGAUCUCAACACUCUCAAGCUUGAAGAUCUCAUUGGAAAAUUGAUGACAUAUGAAAUAGAAGUUCAAGCUGAUUGUGGAGUUGAAGUGGUUGAGAAGAAGAAGAAGAAUGUUGCUUUCAAGGCUAGCAACCAAAAGGAAGAGAGUGAAGAUGAUGUUUGUAAUGAUGAGUCUAGCAAUGAGGAGGACAUCACCAAAUUGGUUUCGAAGGAAGUGAAGAAAUACAUGAAGAAGAGCCUCAAAGGGACAUCCUCUAGAAGAAACAAGGAAAUUCACUAUUCUAGAGGAAGAAUAUGUAGUGAUGAUGAUGAUAGAGGAAAGCCAAGCAAGAAGUAUAUCAAAUGCUAUGAGUGCAACAAGAUGGGGCAUUAUAGAAAUGAAUGCCCUCAAUUGAAGAAGGGUGAAGGGAAAAACAAGAAGAGCAUGAAGAAGAAAGCUUUUGCCGCCACUUGGAGUGAUGAUGAGGCUAGCUCAACGGAAAGUGAAAGCUCCUUGGAGAAUGGUGUUGCAAAUCUUUGCUUCAUGGCUCAAGAGGAUAGCAACAAUGAUGAGGAGGUAAACUCUAACUUCUUUAGUUCAAUUAAUGAAAGUUCCUUUGAGUAUUCUUAUGAUGAUUUAUGCAAAGUUCUUGAUUGCUCUAUGAAUGAUAUUAAGAGACUAGGGAAUGAGAAUCUUGCUCUUACUAAAACCAUUUCAUUGCUUAAAAAUGAGAUUGUAUCUCUUUCAAAACAAAAUGAGGUUUUAGUUAAAGAAAAUGCCUCUUUAAAUGGUGAAAUUGCAUCUUUAAAGAAUGAGGAGUCUAAUAAUGCUUUGAAAAAGGAAAAUGAGGAUGCAAAGAAGGAAAAUGAGGAUUUGAAUAAGGAAAAUGAGGGACACUUUGCCUAUGUAUGUCCUUUGAAGAGAUUGAUAGCUCAAGUUAAAAUGUCAAAAUAUUGCAAAGUGAGUAAACUUGGACUGCACUUAAGGCUUGAAAAUGUGCAAAGAGCCGGCUGUGGAGGUGUAGAGAGCCAGCUCUGGAAGCUGCAGCGGGCUCUACGGCAAAAAUGGGAGAAUUCUUGGAACUCCAAUUCACCCCCCUCUUGGAGUACAUUAAGUCAACAAAGGCAAGAGCAGCUGAAGCUCCGACAGAAAGACCUUGAAGCAAAAUUGGAGACUCAACUUAUGCAGUGUGGAAAGAUUGCAAGCAUGGAAGUUAAAGACUGGUUGAAGAGAAAAAUUGAAGAAUUGAAACAAAUAUUUGAGCAAGGAGAAAUAUAUACUAAUGCUGGUGAGAGUUUGGUCACAGAUGUUUACUUAAUUGAGCGUGGUGCAACUAUAUUUAAAGAAAUGCAAGAGCAGUUGAAGCUCCGACAGAAAGACAUUGAGGCAAAAUUGGAGACUUCGCUUCUGCAGCCCAAAAAGAUGGCAAGCAAUGAAGUUAAAAACUGGAUGGAGAAAGCAAGCCAACAGAUUGACAUAAAGGUUGAAGAUCUAAUCAGCCAAGGGGAAUGUUCCUCUCCAUCCAACCUCUGGAAAAAAAUUGAAGAAUUGAAGCAAAUACUUGAGCAAGGAAAAGAAUUCACUAAUGCUGGUGUGGUUUUGGUCAUAGAUGAUCACUCAAUCAAAGGAUUUCCACUUCCCAUUGAAAAAUGUGGUGGCAAGGAUGAUAUACAAGAAAAAAUUUUGGAAUGGUUGAAGGGAGACAAGGUUACAAGAAUUGCAGUUUCGGGAAUGGGUGUGUCAAAAGACUUUAACAUUACUGUCCAGCAAAAAAAGAAGUUUGAUAUUCUCAAGUUUCAGAAAAAGAUUGCAAGUAGCUUGAAAUUAGAACAAGAGCCAGAUCCUGAGAAUGAAACCAAGCUUGCUGCAUUGAUUUCACAAAGGUUAGGGCAGGAAGAUGUUGGAAUUUAUAAUCCAGUUGGAAAUAAUGGUUGCAAAUUAGUGCUCACAACACGGUCAAAAGAUGUUGCUCAUGCAAUGGAUUGUAAUGUGAUCCAUGUGAACCCUCUUCCACCUGAUGAGGCAUUAGCAUUAUUCUUGGAGAAAAUUGGAAAUUAUGAAAUCCAAAAGGAGGAGUUAAUUGAGUAUUGGAUUGAGGAGGGGCUUAUAUAUAAAGAAGGGAAAACUAGGGAGGCAAUGAAUUGGAAGGGUCAUGAUAUACUUGAUAAGCUAGUUGACAACUGCUUGUUGGAGUUGGUUGGAGGCAAGGAAUAUUGUGUGAGUAUGCAUGAUCUUCUCCGAGAAAUGGCAUUAGAAAUCAGUCCUCAAUUUUUGGUGAAAGCUGGCAUUGCCUUGGAAAAGCUACCAGAAGAGAGUGAAUGGAGAGAAAAUCUUUUAAAGGUUUCUUUAAUGGAGAAUCAUAUAACAAAAAUUCCUUCAAGCAUGCUGUCUCCGAAGUGUCCUAUACUUACAACCUUGUUGUUGUCCAAUAACCAGAUUUCAACAAUUCCAGAAGCUUUUUUUGAGCAUAUGCCUGGGCUCAAGAUCCUUGAUCUUUUCAACAAUUGGGAGCUAACAAGGUUACCAAGUUCUGUUUCCAAAUUGGAGAAGCUUACUACAUUAUUGCUAUUGAAUUGAAAGUGUUUAAGAGAGGUACCGUCUUUAUCCAACCUUGUAGGCUUAAAAAAGUUGGACCUUUCCAACACGUGAAUUGAAGAACUACCUCAAGGCCUCAAUAUGUUAACAAAUCUAAAAUAUCUUG